UCUGGGGUUUAACACCCCCCCCCACCCCGAGGGCAGCAGCCGAGGGGCGGUCGUUGCUCCCUUCUGCUCUUCCUUUCGCAGAGCUUGUGGGUGCGUGGGGAGGCACAGAGGAGAAGGGGUGUCUGAGGGGAAGGCGUUCGUGAAGGCUCCGCUGCUGAUGAUUUAACGAGUCUAUUGUCACCGUAAUUCCUGAGGUUUCUGGAGCAAUGCAGCUUGUUCAGGAGACUUGCGGUCAGAACAACGGGAAGAAAAGUUUUUAAGAGGAGUUGCAUCUCUUCUUGCUAACCUGAGAUCUUCCGGAGAAGCCCUUUGCCUGCUGAUACCUGCAUGAAAGGUGUGUGAAUCAACCUGUCAUCACUGAAUCAUCACUUUAAUCAUACUAACUUGACAACAUUUGUAUGCCAGCUUGUGUCAUCACCAGACCGAGGUGCUCCUGAUCAACCAGAUCUUUCAGGAAUUUUUUAAAAAGAAACUUUGGUGGGUAAAAGAUGUGCCAUGGAAUGGUAGCACCAAAGAGCAACACAGGAUCAUCUCUUGCCUUGACUAGCCAUGGGUUAUUUCUUCUGCUAGUUAUCUUUGGUAGCUUUAUCUUGGAAACACAGGCCACAGGUUGGCUCAGCAAAUCCAAAGGACCUACAUAUUGUCCCCAGCCACCACAGCCUGAGAAUGGAGGCUAUAAAUGCCACCCUAGCCCCUGCAACAACCCUCUGACUUCAGGCAGUGUUAUAGAGUAUCUGUGUGUCGAAGGCUACAUGCUGAAAGGAGAUUAUAAAUACUUGACCUGCAAGAAUGGAGAGUGGAACCCAGCCAUGGAAGUCAGCUGCAGGCUCAGCCCGGAAAAGGACUCUCCUCCAACAAUUGGAGUACCCACGCUGUCCAUAGUAGCCUCCACAGCAAGCUCCGUCGCCCUCAUUCUGCUCUUAGUUGUGCUGUUUGUUUUGCUGCAGCCAAAGCUGAAGUCUUUCCAUCAUAGCAGGCGAGACCAAGGUGUGUCUGGAGAUCAGGUCUCUAUUAUGGUGGAUGGUGUCCAGGUGGCCUUGCCAUCCUAUGAAGAAGCGGUGUAUGGGAGCACAGGGAACUGCAUUCCACCCUCGGACUCCCGAGUGCAGAUCGUGCUCUCGGAGGGAGCUGGGCAGAACGGAGCCGGAGAGAUACAGCAGCAGGACCAAGGGGCUUGCAAUAGCUUUGAAAGAGAAGAUGAAGCCCCUGGACAUUCUGGACUGUGUGAAGCCAGUGGCUCUCAGCGCUCUGAAACUGUUCUUGUGCAUCAGGCUGCUACCUCUUCCUGGGUAGCUGGCAUGGCUAGCAGUAGACCUGUACACAAAGAGGUCCAAGAUUCAGAAAGCAGCGACAUACAGAGCCUUUUAUCACUCACUUCCUCCGAGGAAUACACAGAUGAUAUUCCCUUAUUGAAGGAAGCAUGAGGCCUGCUGUGUUUGCCUAGCCUUCUCCCUCUUGGAUUUCUUCCUCUUCCCCUCCCCCUGCCUUCAGGACAGAAGCACUCUGUGCAGCCUUCCCCAUCCUCGCGAGCUGUGUCCUGGAUACCUCCAAGCAGAGAUGCCCUCAGCUGAAGAUCCAAAGGAUGUCGCCAGGUUGCCUCCUGGAUGCACCAGUGGAGUUGGUGCAGCGCUGGCUUCCCCAUUCCAUCAGCAUCAGGGGCUCAAGGAACAGAGUGGAUUUGAGCUCUCCCCUCCUCUUCCCCAGCCAGAUGUUUGACAGCAGUCUCUGAAGAGCUGCUCUUUUCUCGUGCCUUUCUCCUCCUCACACCGGCUUGUUGCAGCUUAUCAGCCUCUCUAGCCCUUCUGCUGCCCAGAGAGCAGGGGCUAAAACCGCUUGCUCACUGGGUGCAGACACAGUAUAUAUAUAUAUAUACGCGUAUGUAUGUUAUAUAGGCUCUUCUUCCGGCAUCCUGUUUGUGGUAAGGCAGGACAAAACGCCUCGCUGGGACUGAAGCUGGGCUUGGGAGUGAUCCCAGUUAAGGGGCAGCUUGUGAUGUCUAGAAGCGCCUCAGAUGGGAUGGGCUGUGUGACAACUUAGCUGUGCAAUAACAGUUUGUUGAGAAUUGCUAGAGCGCUGAAGGCUGAGAAGUCCAACGUGUAGGAAUGCCCCCUGCACCCUUCUCAAAAACCAUCUCAGCAGGAGUCCAUUCCUGAAAAUCACUUCCUUCUCUACCUGUGCAGCCCAUUUGAUUAUUCUGUGUUUCUAGAAGCUGGGACUGGGACUGUACUACCAAUAGAACAAUCCUUUCAGCUUUGGUCUGGUGCCAGAGCAGCUUCUGGUGUUAGAUUGUAGAAGAGCCUUGGAGAAUGGCCAGUGGUUGGCAGGGUCCAGAAAGCUUGGAGAGUGUGACUUUCAGUUAACCAACCCUGUGUUAACUACGAGUUAGCCCCAUUCACUGAGGCAUCAGGACUGGAACCAAAUUUGUAUCCCUGCUCUUCUGAAUAAGCUGUGUGUCUCAAAGCUUUUUCAGUUAAGGUGGUUCCGCACUAAAGCUUAGGUUCCUUUGGUCAGAUCUUCAGGCAGAGGUAACACUUUUGAGAUGUAAUCUGGAAGUGGUUCAGGUGUUUGCAAAUGUCAACAGAAAAAAUGCCCAUAGGCAGUGAAUGCUUAGUGCCGUUGGUGCAAUCCCAAAUGACCUUUCCAGCCACACAGGUACCUUGGUACUUGAAUCCUGGGUAGCUACCAUCUCAGAGGCUAGUGUGUCUUCCUAGCUUCAUACAGCAAGAGUCUGCUGUUUUAUCUUAAUGGGCUUCAGUGGGCCCACAGUGAAGGGCUUCUUCCUUGUGGCUGGGAGUAAGCAGCAUUUAUAAAGUUUCCUAAAUAACAAUGCAGUUGCCUUUUGCUGUGAGGGGAGGUUGGCUACAUUGACAGCAGUGCCAGAGGGGACCAUAGCUUAUUCCUGAACCUAAGUUUCGAAGAUUGUUUCAAGUUCUGGUAGCAGGGAAAGGAAAAUCCAAAAAUACGUAUACCUCUGCCCCCCACAGUUAUCUACAGCAGGUCAGAAUAUCCUGGUUGCUGUUAACAGGUCUCUCCUUUUGCAGGAAGCCACAUUUGUCUGGGGUAGGUGAUCCGAUCACAAAAGCAUUGUGGUGAUUGUAAGGCUCUUCACUGGGGAGGUCUGGACACUGUUCUGUGGGAUUGGUUUCAGCAAGAAGAGUUGGCUUCUUAGGUGCGUGUACUUUGUCAUAACUGUCUUGAAGUAACCAGGGAAGUGUUUGCCCUGUGAGAAGCUGCUAAAUUUUUAUUUGAGUUGAAGGAGCAAAACGUCAUGGCCUUACACAUCAUGUGGUAAUGUACAGGUAAAUAGGGAUGCUGUCUUUGCUGCUUUGCUUUUGGUUUACAAACCUCACCAUCCUCAUCCUUGUUGCUCCAGGAACAUACCAUCACAGCACUUGGUAAAAGUGACACAACACCUUUAUAUAUAAAAUCACUGUGGCUUAGCUCCAGUUCCUGAAAAUGGGGAUUGGCCAUAGUAUCCAGCCACGUACCUGCUGCUCCUGUUCCUGAUUAGCUGUUAAAUCCCAGGACACCUGGGACAGCGCGUGCCUGUGGAUGGAAGAAUCCUAUUUUCCCUAUCCUUGUUUUAGAGGGAUGUUAUUAAUUUUAAAAUACAGUAUUUUAAACUUCCUUCCCUAUUGCUCAUGUUACCUUGCAGUAACACAAGGAUUUGAUAAAUCCCAUUUGGGUGGUUUAGGUAUUUUCUGUUCAGUUUGGAUGGUGAAAAUCCCACAUCAUUUUACAGAGGGCUGCAGUGUCUCAGCUUCAAGCACUGUAGAGGGCAAAUGUUGUUUACCCAUCUGCUAUUGGAAUUUUAGAAAAUAAGCAUGGGAAUGUUUGUAUUUAGUUUUUAAUUCCUACCUUGGAAAUGGUCUAAGCUUGAGCAAAUUGUCUCAUUCACUAGUCUAUCGGGGCGGAUGGAAGGAUUGAGCGAGUGUUGUACUAAGGGAGUGGGGAGGGAAGACUACGUGACUUCUUUCCUGCUACCUAACCAACUUGGAGCAGGAGAGUUGCUCUUUAUGCAUUUAAGGUCCUGUCUACUCAAAUUGACCCUCAGCAAUCAAGGUGCAGAAGUCAGGUACAGGCUGUCCUCCUGCAAGGGACAGUCCUUUAACUCAGUGUUAGCACCGGGUUGGUGGGAGAAUCCUACAACGAAGCUGGAAGCUGAUCCCAAGGCCUGACCUUACCCUGGACGAGUGCCUGCUCUGCCAGCAGAAACCACGUACCGUGUGGCUCUGCCUCCUCUCUCUGCUAUUGUAAAGCAAGCAGAUGCCAGUUUGGGAAAGAAAAUUCAAUUGGGUGGGGAAGAGAAGGAAGCAAGCUGCACAGAAGAGGGAGUGCUUUUAUUUUGUUUCAUGUAUAGAAAUUGUGGGAAAUGGCUUUACUAAGGACAGGGGAAAUGCAUAUUUUGCUCCACCUCCGCCAGCGUAGAUCUUGUGAUCAGGCAUAAACAGGCAGCUUCUGUUGGCUUGCUGAGGAUACACCAGCAGCUCCCAGGCCAGCCUCUGCUGUGCUGGCUGGUAACCCCAGCUGAUGUUUCCGGCGCUUGCAGAAGAGCCUGUCCCCUGCAGCAACACUUGUGGGAGCAGGCACCAAGGACCUGUGCAAGCCAGAACAUGGAAAACUGUUUGGGGGCAUCACAUUCCUCUUGCCCACAUCCUCAGCUUUAGAGUUUAUUUUCAUAUAAAAUGAGGUAGAAUGGCUGGGAAGGAACCUGAGAGAUGUCUGCUUUACAAUUUUUUUUUUUCUAGGGGGAGGGGGAGCAAGGCCUCACUUUACUGAUUAUCAAGUGAUUGUUACUCGUUCGUGUUUUAAUCCUGCGGAGGCUGAAGGAUUGGAAGGUCUUUUGGGCAGAGAUUUAGGAAAAACUAAAUUGCACAGAUCUGUCUUUACUAAUGGAGCAAGGGCUGAGGCUUAAAGAUCCCUCAGUCGUGAGCUCUGCUCUCUCUCAGGAGCAUUCAUUACCUCUGAGCAAAGAGUGUGUCCUCGUUGGCUGUUGCCAUAAGUAGAUGCAGCCUGCAUCUCAGUGUGGUGGAUUGGGAGCACAGGGGCUCAGCCUUGCAAGAUACCACAUAGUAAAUGUUUUGGGUUUUGU